GUGUGUGUGUGUCAGUCAGUCAGUCACUGUGCUGUCUCAGCAGCACAGUCCACCCAGUUUAGCACAGAACCAGACAAAUUAGUGUUAAAGUAGCGCAUAAUAAAUGCUUUUAACGUCAAACAUGUCUUAAAACAUUUUCCUUCUUCAGCAGUUCUCUAUUAAGUCCACUUUUAUAUAAAUUCUUACAUUAAGCACCUGUCUAGUAGAUACGACAGUUUAUGUGUUAUUAGUGCUUUAUAAGGUCUGUGGUUUAUUGGUGUGGUUUUGGUGCUGGAAUUAUACUUGGGUUGUUUUCUAGAAUCCCACCUCAAAUCAUCUCUCCCAAGCUCUUUGCCCUGCUCGAGUAACUAUAUGAACUCUUUUAAGUAAAUGGAAUUUCUUCUCUUUCUUCAAGAUGAUGCGGCGAUCAAGAAUCAGCAUUAAACCUAACUUCAGGCCUGGAAAUCGGACUGGUACACAGGGGGAGCAGGCCUCCCAGGGGGCGAGCGAAGCAGGUGACCCCUUGCCAGCAGUUGAGGAUGUAGAAGUGGUGAGAGCAGCACCGUCUCACCAGCAAAACGCAGCGCUUAAAGAGCCUUCUGAAGAUGUGGGUAUUAAAGAUGCCCCUGAAAUGCCUUCAAAGGUGAACCAAAAUGAUGGAGCACCCUCUAGUGGAGCUACCACUUCAUCUGCAGCCCCACAUAGAAGAAUGAGGAUCUCAGCUACUCCGAAACUUGUCGGGCCAAAACUUACUUCCACAUCUCGAACUCGACCGGCUGCCAAUAUGCCUAGCUCGACCCCAUCACCCGUACCCGAUGAGGAACAUGUCCAGAUCCACGAUUCAGCUUCAGAAGCUCAGGCUUCUGUCUCAGUAAUCUCUAACGAUCUCCCUGAAUCAGGGACGCCUAGAAACUCGACAUCUCUUACAAAACUGCCCGCACAGUCUUCCACAACGACUCGAUCGGCAUCUCCGUGUGUUCCUUCCACCUCUGGUCUUCGUAAGUCUCCGGCCCGUGGGGAAAAAUCAGUGGAGGAUUCUCCACCAUCUCCACAGCCUGGUCAAGUUCCUCAGAAACCACCACAAGAACCAGAACCCCCUGAAUGUCCAUCUUCAUCUGAUCUGUCUUCAGCUUGCAUCAAGCCUUCCCAUUAUGAUAAGGCGGGUUCUUCUGAGGCGGUUGAAAAAUCCUCAGACAAAGACAGGAUAUUAAGGGCUCUUAAAUUGAAGGAACUGAUGAAGAUUGAACGGAGAAAAGAUAUUCAGAUGGUGAAGAGAAGGGUCGGUCAUAAAGAGUACACAGCCUUGGACCGCAGUAAGAUGACCAUGAGGGACCUUAUCUAUUAUUUACCUAAUACCAGCCCUAUGAGGUCUUGCGAAGCGCUUGAGGAGAACCAAGCCGAGACCAUUAUUCCACCUUCACCCAAGCAACAAAUAAAAACAGCCGAGAGGGAUGAAGAAGAAGAAGAAGAAGAAGAGGUGUCUGAAAAUGAAGAAUUGCUGGUGCCGAAGGUGAGAGUGGCAGAGGAUGGCUCACUUAUUCUGGAUGAGGAAAGUUUGACAGUGCGAGUACAAAGGACCUCGAACAUCAAAGUGGUGGAGAACUCGACCACCUUGUUUGAGCGGGGCUCUACUACAACUUACUCCAGUUUCAGAACGUUAAACCAUGUGAAGAACUGGUCUGUCAGAGAGACAGACUUGUUCUUCUUGGCCAUUAGCAUGGUGGGGACGGAUUUCUCUUUGGUUGGCCAGCUGUUAACCCACCGUAGCCGUAGAGCAAUUAAGAACAAAUUUAAGAAGGAGGAGAAAAUCAACGCAUGGAGAGUAGACAAAGCUUUGAGAAACAAGCGACCCUAUGAUAAAGAGUUCUUUAGCUAUUUGCUGGAGAAGGUUUUGGCAAAAGAUAAAGACAAAAGAAAAUCUGUCAAACUGAUACUGCCAAAAACCAGGAAACCAAGGAAAUCCAAAGGAAAACGAUCAAAUGAAACAUGUGUUAUCGAUGAUGAUGAUGAUGAUGAUGAUGAUGACGUCUUCCACAUGGAUGAUCAUGAAGACUUGGAGGAUGAUGGGGAUGUCAAUGUAGAAAAAGAAAAUGAAGACAUGUCUAAUGUAAAAGAAACAGAUUCCUCUGUCCCUGCUAAAAAGAGGAACAAACGCACAAGAGAUGUUGGCAAGGAUAAGGACAACUCGAAUGAGGACCAAGUCAAAAGAAAAAAGCAAAGAAAAUCUAGCAAGAAAAGAACUAGAGAGGUGCACUCUAAGGAUGAUACUGAAGGUGAAAGUGACCUCAACGUCGAGGGUGACACUAUAAAUGGAAAUAACGAGGAUGAACUUGAAAGAAGUACUUCAGCCUCGAAAAGAAGGCGCAAGUGCACAAAGAGCGACGAAGAGCAACAAAAGACAAUUAAAGGAAAAAAGGGCAAGCAACUCAAGAAAUCAUGCAAAGUUGACCAUGAAGAGUCUGUUGGUGAACAUGAAGAAAGCAGCAUUAUGGAUGAGGAUGGCUCUGCCACUAAAAAGAAACGAAAACGAGCCAAAACCAGUGAUUUGGAUGGAGAUGAGCCAGCCAAGGGGAAAAGGAACACCAAGAGAAAAAAGGCACUGAAAAGUACAGAAGAAGAGGAAAGAACUGCAGAAGAAGGAGAAGCUUCAGAUUUACAGUUAAAUGCUCCAGUCACAGCUGAAAUAGCAGAUAAUGUUCCAGCAAAACCUACCAGGCGAAGUAAGAAGCCUUUGCCUAACCUGGCUACAACACGACGCAAGAAAAGCAAUGAACCAGAAGUUUCUGCUGAAGUUGAAAGGGAGAGUCGAGAUGAGAAUAACCAUGAAUCCAUUCUGACGGCAGCAGGAAGUCCUUUGGAGGAUGAGAGGCUCCAGAUGCAAGCGGUGGUUGUGUUGGAAAAGACCCCCCCAAGGCACAUUACUUCUCCUCAUCGUUUCAAAUGCUGUGUACACCCAGGUAUUUAGGCAUUUUUCCACCAUUUGUAUUGAUUUUGACCGUCCCUUUCCUGUGUGUAUAUUACAGGCAACAAAAUUUACUCAGCCCUUCAAAAGUCCAGUGCAAAAAUAAUGAAUUAGAGCCCUCAAUGAGCUCUCCUGCUUCUUCAUCUAGCAGUGAGAGCUGUUCUACUCAGUGGACAAGAAUGCAAAGAGCGGGAAGAGCGAAGCGUGAUCUGUCUACUAGUGUGAAGACAGGAAGUAGAAAAGGCACGAUGGAUCAGGAUGAGGCUCAUCCCGAGAGCCCAACAGUUCUAUUAGAGAAGAUCAUUCAGGAAUCUGAAGAAGAAGAGGAUGACAACUCCUUGAAUGAGAACCUGAUUGACUUGUCAUGCCUACAUGAUAUAAAUAGUCAGACGUUUCAAAGAAGUCCAAUGGUGAUGUUAUCUCGUGAAGAGGUGGAUAUGAUCCUCGAUGCUUCAGACCAAAGUGCUGAUGAGGAGCCAUCAGUGAGUCCUCUGGAUUUAUCAUUAAACACAGAGCUUUCUUUUCCACUGCAAUGCAGCAAGCUCUUGGAAGAAGCUGAUUGUGCAUUUGAGGAACAUGAGGAAAGAACAAAUGAGAGCGCUUCUUGUGAGGAAAGGACUGUUGAAGAACUGGAGCUAAGAGAGUCUGCAUUGGCACAGCUUGAUAUCUCAAACAUCAGGGACAUUUCUACCUCCUUAAAACCAGACGUGUGCAGUCAACCAGAAGUAGGCCUAAGCAAGGUAACAACCUCAUGCCCAAUGGAGGAGGCUGAACCACAGGCUGAACCACAGGC